AUGGCAGAGAGAAAUAAUAGCAGAGUUCGUGGUACCUUUCAGAACUCAGGGAAUAGUUACCCCAGACACGCACAAGUUGGUGACUCUACCUCAUUUUCGCCCGAUCCCCAUAAACACAUAUUGGGACGCGAUAGCCCUACUAAGGGGAUACCAUAUCAAAAAAAGGAAAAUGACACAGACCUAUCUGGCCGAGAUGCUAGAACUCUUGGGGGACAAGGUGAUGUUAAUGGCACCAAAUCGAAAUACACUCCCCUCCACAAUAAACCUCACUUUUUUGAGAAAAACCAAGAAAAAAUUACCAAAAAGGAGACGAGGGAGACGACUAAAUUAUUACCUGUUCGGGGCAUCCAUCCGCAAUCCGGGGAAGGGCAUGACACUUUUCAGCAAAAACAAGAAGGCAUUAGAGUCGAGAAUGCAGGUGAUACCGAUCCUGGAGUGGUGUCGCUCCAAUGCUGUCCUAACACAGGAACUUAUGGAGUGUCGACAUCCUUGGGGCAACUGUUCCGAGUCGGUACCUUGGCACGCACUAACUGGACGACAGAGGAGCUGACAACACCGUGUUGUCUUAUACAGCCGGACCAUAUCUUUACGCAGAACGCAGAUGGAGACAAUGUUCCCAUGCAUCAAGUGCCGGUGGGUAGCAGACAAGAUGAACCACAUGGGCGUUGCAAGAAUAAUCUCAUGGUAGUGGAAAAGAUUAAGAAUGAAUCUGAUGCCCGCCGUAUUGCGAAAUCUAUUUUGUAUACGCUCGUAAAAAAAGAAUCAGAUGUUACCGAUUAUUUAGAGUGUAUUCAAAGGUUUGGCUUCAAUCACAUUAUCAUCAUCGGGGAACAUGAAUAUGGAUUGCUUUUUCUUGAUUGUUAUGGUCGAGUAUUUUAUUGGGAUUUUAUGGUUGGUGUGUUACGACCACUUGGAAAGAAUUUGGAUGAAUGCUCCCAUACCCAGCUAGUAUGGAACGAGCACGAUGGAAUUAUUACUGAAUUUUAUUAUUUUGAAUAG